AUGAACGGCUUUGCGGAUCAUGGCCUCGACGAAGAUGCGUUUGGGGAGAAAAGCGGCAUUGCAGCGGGACUGAGAACGUUUGACGCUUUUCCGAAGACCAAGCCCACCUACACCACCGCGAGUCGACGUGGAGGCCAAUGGACGGUUUUUAUCUUCCUAUUUUGCGGCAGCCUCGUAUUCUCGGAGCUUGUCUCUUGGUAUCGAGGGACGGAAAACCACCAUUUCAGCGUCGAAAAGGGCGUUUCACAGGAAAUCCAAAUAAACCUUGAUAUGGUUGUCCACAUGCCAUGCGAGGCACUCCGGAUGAACAUGCAGGACGCCGUUGGGGAUUUUAUUUUAGCAGCUGAAUUACUACAUAAAGAUGAUACUAGCUGGGAUGCGUGGAAUCGGGAGCUGAAUUACGCUAGCAAAGGCGGAUCACCACAGUACCAGACGUUGAACGCGGAAGAUGACACUAGGUUGGCGGAGCAAGAAGAAGACCAGCAUGUUGGCCAUGUGCUCGGGGAAGUCAGGCGGAGUUGGAAACGGAAAUUUCCAAAGGGACCAAAACUGAAAAGUAAAGAUGCGAUGGAUUCGUGCCGAAUAUAUGGGAGCUUGGAGGGCAACAAGGUGCAAGGCAAUUUUCACAUUACUGCCAGGGGGCUGGGGUACUGGGAUCCAAGCGGAUUCCAUUUGGAAGGCCUUAACUUCACGCAUCUUAUCACUGAACUCUCGUUCGGCCCUCGCUAUUCGACUCUUUUGAACCCCCUGGACAAAACAGUUGCCGGCACAAAAGAUGCAUUUUACAAAUACCAAUACUACCUCUCCGUGGUCCCAACGAUCUAUACACGGGCUGGGACCGUUGAUCCAUACAACCAGGAGCUCCCUGACCCUUCCACAAUUACAUCUCGACAACGUAAGAACACCAUUUUUACCAAUCAAUAUGCAGUUACUUCCCAGUCCCACGCAAUUCCCCAAAACGUACGAGCCGUGCCAGGCAUCUUUUUCAAGUUCGACAUUGAGCCUAUUUUGCUAGUUGUGAGCGAGGAACGGGGCAGUUUGCUUGCUCUAUUAGUUAGGCUGGUUAAUGUGGUUUCGGGCGUGUUGGUUGCAGGUGGCUGGGUCUUUCAGCUUGCUACCUGGGCACUUGAGGUAUGGGGAAGGAGGAGAAAGGGCAUGAGCCUGGGAGUGUUGGGAAACCAUGAAUCUGAGGAGUAG